AUGCGUGCGCACCCCGCGCCGUCAUCGCCACCGCGGUCCCGCCGCUCCCGCGCCGCCGCCGCGGCCGGCGGGGUGAUCUGCCUGUCGCCGCAGAAGCGCGCCACAUCAGCCGCGCCCGAUGACAGCGCGGCCCACGACUUUGAUAGGGAAACCACCCCGCGCUUGGCGUGCGAUGCCAUGCGCUGCUUGCCGGCGCGCUCCCUCGGGUCGCCGUCGCGCCGCGCGGGCACCGCGGCCGCGGCGCUGGCGCUGCCGCUGCUGCUGCGUCUGAUGCUGCCGUUGUUGCUGGUGCACCCCUCGGUUGCAGAGGGUGCAGGGGCGUCGUCCUGUGAAGUCAAAGGGGACACAGCAAGCCACCGCUGCUCACACCCAGGCCCGCAGUCGCCUGCGGAGCCAUUUGCUGAGUCCGUGCUGCUGCUAAAAUUUGCCGCCGCUGCACUGGACCCAGGGCGGCGGGUGCAAGGGCCGCAG